GCGUAGUGGUGGUUGUGGGCGAAUUAAAAUUCAACGCCCCACCCGCGAUUUCAGCCUCAGCUGCUCCUGGGGGUUGAACGAAGGCGGCCGCGUAUAAAAAGCCACGUGCAGACCAUGCACAUCGUACACUUCACCACCGUCGAUUCCAGCACGCGUAGAGAUGAAUUUAACCCUCGUGUUGGCCUGCAUGAUCACGGUCAUGUCAUUGCUCUGUGGAAGAUGUAAAGCAGCUCCGGGGGGGUUAAUCGCCAACGUCCAUCGCAAUCUGGAGAAUCAUCCACAUAUCCGCGGAUACGCCGUGGAAGGUCUCAUGAGGGACCUCGUGGAGGACCUCAUCGGCGAGGAUGAAGACGGUCUGCGGCUGAGUAAACGCCAGCACUUAGGCGAUUACGAUCACAUGAGAUUCGGCAAGCGAACCAACGACGACGACGAGUACGGACGCUCGCGAUUCAGCAGAAAUACCGAGUGAAAAACCACCGCCGGAUUCACCUAGAUCGUAGACGUGAUCGCGCCAUUCGCGUUUCGCUCGCGCUGGCGUAGUUCACCGCGUUCGUGCGAGAUGUAGAUAGAAUAUAUUUUACAUUGCAGCCAUGA